GUAAAUCUGGUCGGGCUGGCUUUGACUCGCUUUCAUCCCCACUUCUACAGACACUUUGAACUAUUUCCUUCUUGCUCGACUGCGAAAUUGAAUGGUUUUCCGGUCAUCCGUUUUGACAAUUUAUUUGUAGGAUAUGCGGGCUCCAAUAUAUACGGUGUCCUUUUCGGUGGGUCAUCCUCUGGAUUUCAGCUGAACAUUCCCCGCCGUACCCACCGCUUUUCUUACUGUGACCCCUCAUUAGGAUACUUGGGGGCCCCGUCACGAACUGAUUAACCCCUCACUACAGCGUAAGGUAGGGGUUUAUCUCAACACCGGAUUUCCUUUUGGUGCCCUGGAUACCUGAAAAGUAACAAGUGGUUUGCCAAGCUGUCGCACCAUAGGCUCCGCACAGCUCUCUGGAUGAGGGGCAGUGCCAUCUAUUUUGUCGUCUUAUGGUCUGUGUGAGCUGAGCUUCAAUUCUACCAACUUCAUUCUUAGUGAAUUGCUUUCCCAAUCACGUAGAUAUCGCUUCUGCUCCUCUCCAUUCAUCCUCUGUGAGGCUUGGAAGUUUGGAUCGUUAAUCACAUCUUGACAAGCAAUUUUAUCUCGAGCACUGCUUCCUGUUUCUCCGCACGAGCUUGUCAGUAUCCAACAACAUCUUUACUUGCACUCGAUACAGCUUUCACAAUGUCUUUCUUCGAAGAUCUGGCCUCCAAGAUCAAGGACAAGAUUGAAGAUGUCCUUGACGGAGAUGACGACCAAAAACCUCAAGAGUCACAGCAGGAAGUCCAACAACAAUCUUUCCCUGGAACUGGGGCUGGACCCGACAAUCGAUUUCAUAGUUUUGCACCAGCACGCCACGGCAACGAUGCUAAGUGGUAUGUGGAUGGAUGUGGCUAUAUGUGGGCAGUAAGUGUGGCACUUGAGGAGGCCAGAGAAAGCAUCUGGAUCUUGGAUUGGUGGUUGACUCCAGGUAUGUCGAAUUCUGGGAACGAGAAUGAUGUAAAGUAAUGUUUAACUAACAUAACCUUCCAAUCUCUAGAACUAUAUUUGAGAAGGCCCCCUACUGCGAACGAGGAAUACCGAGUGGAUAGAAUGUUGGUUGCUGCUGCUGAGAGAGGAGUCAAGGUCAACAUUAUUGUAUACAAGGAGGUACCACAAGUUCUCACCCGUAUGUUCCCCUCGCGCCUUCCCCACAAGACCCCUCGAGAAGCUCUAACACAUAUUAGUUGCUUCCGUGCACACAAAACAUGCCCUCGAAGUUCACCCAAAUAUCCGAGUCUUCCGGCAUCCAGACCACUUGCCGAGCGGUCAGGAUCUUGGAUCCGAUCUGAUAGAGGGUUUGAAGAACCUCUCUUUCAAGCCAUUAGAUUUAGCGAAACUUCCCGAGAAACAACUCAAAUCAGUUUAUGGAUCCAGUGAGGACAUUGUUCUAUACUGGGCACAUCACGAAAAGCUUUGCCUAAUUGAUGGUCAAAAUGCUUUCAUGGGAGGUCUGGACCUCUGUUUUGGUCGUUGGGAUACAAAUUCUCAUCCUAUUUCCGAUGCUCACCCUACCGAUGUUAAUAAGGCCCUGUUCCCAGGCCAGGACUUUAAUAAUGCGAGAGUGUACGACUUCGCGGAUGUGGAAAAUUGGGAGAACAACAAACUUGAUCGAACAAAGAAUUCACGAAUGGGUUGGGGCGAUUUGAGCUUGUGUUUGAGCGGUCCUGUGGUACAAGACUUGAAAGCACAUUUUGUUCAAAGAUGGAAUUUUAUUCACAAGGAGAAAUAUCAGGUGCCUGGAAAAAACUAUGAGCCAUUAACCCUGGAAGGCAAUGUAAUCACUGAAGGAUAUUACAAUCAUGAUGGCUUCAAUUUGAAUCCACUCAAGGAACAGGAGGAGGGCGAUGAGUUCAAUGCGCCACCUCGAGAAUACGAGGCCCCCGAGAGACAUCAUCAUUUUAGUGCUUUCAGACAUCAGUUUUCUCAGCAUUCAUACCAAUCCGAAGAUCAUAGACCAACAGGCGUUUCUGUACAACUGGUCAGAUCUUGUACAAAAUGGAGCAAUGGUAUUCCACUUGAAGUAAGUUACAAACUUCCUAGCAAUAACAUUUUCGAUGUCAUCUGACUUAUCCAGCACUCCAUCGCGAAUGCAUACAUCGAAGUCAUCAGACAUAGUCAACAUUUCGUCUACAUUGAAAACCAGUUUUUUAUUACUGCCACCGGUGAUGAGCAAGGAGCUGUCAAGAACAAGAUUGGUGCUGCAAUUGUAGAGCGUUGUGUUCGCGCCUAUGAGCGAGGCGAGCGAUACAAGGUUAUCGUAUUGAUGCCUUCGGUCCCUGCUUUCGCUGGUGACUUGCAAUCAGAUGAUAGUCUUGGAACCAGAGCAAUCAUGGAAUAUCAAUACAACAGUAUCUGCCGUGGUGGACAUAGUAUAAUCGAAGGUUCGUAUCCCACUCGCUGACAAUGGAAUUAAACUGAUCUUUGCCCAGAAAUUGAAAAGGCAGGUGUGCCUAAUGCCGCCGAAUACAUUCGCUUCUACAAUCUCAGAAAUUACGACAGAAUCCAAUCUGGUAGAGCAAUGUCAAAUGUUGAGCAAGACAGUGGAGUCAACUAUGAGGAUGCUAGAAGGGAGCAUGAUGACAUGGUUGGUGCUGGGUAUGGUGGAUAUGGUGAGAGAACAGGUGCUCGAUAUGGACAGCAAAACGAGGAGUAUGACCGUUAUCAGCAAUCUGCUUCUCAAGUUGAGGACACCAGAUUUGAUACCGUAAGUUCCUGUUACAUGGAUGGCGGACCAUCAAUCAGAGAUAUUCCGUGGAGUGGAAGCGAAGAAGCCGAGCUUGAUACUUUCGUCAGCGAACGUAAGAACCCCUUUUAUUUCGUUGCUUUUUCUCGCUUGCUAACAAAUUUAUUCAAUAGAACUCUACAUCCACUCCAAAGUCCUCAUUGCCGACGACCGCGUCGUCAUUUGCGGUAGCGCCAACCUCAACGAUCGAUCCCAACUUGGAAACCACGAUUCAGAAAUCGCAGUCGUAAUUGAAGACUCAACACCCGUCGAUUCGAUCAUGGCCGGCUCCGAAUACAGAGCAUCUGCCUACGCAGCCUCACUCCGUCGCCAACUAUUCAGAAAACAUCUCGGUCUCCUCCCACAUCAAGAACACGACCGUCCAGAUGCAAACUUCAUGCCCAUUAACAGAGACCCCAACGUCUACGAUUGGGGCUCCCCCGCCGACAUCCUCGUCCAAGACCCUCUCAGCGAGGAAUUCGAAGAGCUCUGGACCAGAACAGCAGCCACCAACACAAGAAUCUUUAGUCGCGCAUUCCAUCCCGUCCCCAAUGACUUGGUCACCGACUGGGAUGAAUAUAAGUCCUUCUACGCAGACCUGUUCAUCUCCCCUGGUAAGGAUGAAGACGACAAGGACUUACCGGCCAAGUAUCCUUAUGGACAUGUCGUAAAAGACGAGUUCCCUGGUGGAGUACGGGAGUUGAAGGAUCUACUGGAUGGGGUUCGGGGAUCGUUGGUGGAGAUGCCGUUGAAGUUUAUGGAGAAAGUGGAUUUUGCGGUUGAGGCAUUGAGUUUCAAUGCUCUUACUAAUGUCAUAUAUACUUGAUCUAUGGGGGCGAUGUGGUGCUUGGGAUGUAUCGGUUUCAGAUUUGAUAUCUCUGGGAUUUUCCGGGCUCUUUAUGGGGGCGGUGUUUGAUAGUCGAUACUUGGAAUUUGAUGAACACGUUGAUAUCC